GGACGCCUCUGAUAUUGCGUCACCCUAUGAGCAAGGUCUAUGGCGUGAUGAUAUUUUGAAAUUUUUGGUCUGUUAAAUAGCGUGUAAUCGUUGGUUUAAUAGUCCUAAGGAGAUCUUUUCACAUCUGCUACUCAAGUACUGAGUUGUUUCUGAGUUUAUUCACUGGCCAUUGUUGCAAGCGACUAUCUAUGGCGAGGAUGUCUUAUGACGACCAGAAGUACCGUUACUUCCAAGUACUGAUUUUAAUUGUGCUGGUUGUAACUCCAACAGUCAGCGGAUCACAAAGCUAUUAUAAGCCAUAUUCAGUGGAUAGGCAAUGGCUCCGCGACAGCUUUGAAAUGAUAAAAAUAGUGAUCAGUACAGGGUCACCUGACGUUGCAAAGUCUCCAGAGGGAGGUCGUUUCGUUGAGUCUCUGUGGCUACUAUACUUGACUUAUCAAGAUUACGAACAGACUGUGAUCUUGGAGGAAAAAAGCCAGAAGCAACAUUGGCAUAAGUUCCAAGAGUUAGAGGAUAAGGCAGACUGGCUGCUACAAUUCUUCUCAAAGCCAAAUGGCAUUGACUGUGACACAUCGGACCCGAAGAUGGUGAAAGCAACGGAAGUGCUGAAUUCUCGCUUCGAGCAGUUUAUUGAGGAACUACUAAACGACAUCACCCAAAGUCGAUUAAUCAAAACCCGGGCCAUUUUUGCCAGUAUUGGUGCGUCAGUGUUAUGUGUUGUUUCCGUCUUAACUUCCGGUCCUUGGGGAGGAGCUUUAACAUGUGUUCCCGCUAUUGGAACUGUUGCUCUUGGAAUCAGGUCUUUUCUUGCUCAGGACGCAAUCUACGAAAACCUGAACCAGUUCUGGGAGGACGCGAGUAAGCGAGGUGGAGAUUUGGCCAAGCUCCUAACUUGUCUUCAAUUGAAGAGAGAAGAUAAGGACACCGAAAUUCUUAUGUUGUGAAGAACUACCAAGGGCCAAAAGGAAAACCUCGGUCUAUUUAUUUAAUCAAUAUUUAAACAGGGACAUCACAUUUAGCAUAGCUAGAGUAGUAGGCCUAUGACGGGUUCUGGAUCAUUUUUCCUGAAUUUACGUCAAAUUAUCAUGAAUAUACGUUAAUUUAACACUUUCAUGACCCGUUUUAUGCUCUCCCGUUAAAAUAUCGUGAAUUCACUAUAAUUUAUCACUUUCGGGAGAUUCUUUAAGUAUGUUUAUGGCGUUCACGUUAAAAUAUAGUGAAUUCACGAUAUUUUAGCACUUUCCACCAUCUCGAUUUGCCAAAUCACGUCAAAUAAUCGUGAAUUCACUAUAUUUUUGCACUUUUCCCAUCAUCUAUUUGUGGUAUUCACGUUAAAUCAUCGUGAAUGCACGAUAAAACGACGGCGUGCCAUUUGCCUUUAAGUGUGUUGUGUGACGGCUUUGUGGUGCCCUAUCGCAUGUGUGUGUAUUUUGUCCGGUAAAAUGAUUCGCUUGUCAUCAUCAGCGGAUAGUGCAACCUUAUUGAUCUCUUCCAUAUACAUCUCAUGCUUUCGGCUCCGAAGCGUGUUCAUCUUUCGUAGUUGUUUUCCACCACCAAAUAAACAUCUCUUGUAGUCAUCGAAGUUGAUGGUACGAUCUACCACUCCUCCCUUCAUUCCCUUACACUUCUUCACUUCUUCUUCAUCACCAAACAUUUUGUAGCUGUACAGCU